AAAAAUGUUAUCAUACUCGCGAUACGUCUCUAUUAAAUGACAAGAUAUAGAUAAAAUACAUUGACAUAACCGAAGUUAAACAUACAUAAAGAAGUGAAGUAUGCCUCCCACAAAAGCACCAAAAUAUGGACAUUUGUUUAUAGCCGUCCAACGCUGUGGGUUAAGGAUAACAAAGGAAUUAUUUCUGAAAAGAGUACGCGACAUUACGCCAGAGGGUCACGACCCAUUUCCAUGGACAGUUGAUGAUUUCCUUUAUACAAACAGAGAGAAGAUUAUCAAGCAUAAGCUUGGGGAAAAGUUGAAACAGUAUUUAUUCCCUGGACAUUCUAAGUCGACAAAUUUAGAGCGUUUGGAUCUGAACACAUUUUGCUUUCUUCUGAUACAUUUCUGUGGGCUUGAAAUACGUGUCCGACAGGACAUAAAUCGUUUGAGAAAGUUGAGAAACAAGCUAGUCCAUUUAGGAGACGGUGACAUCGAUGAAUAUACGUAUGAAACAGAUCUUGACAGAAUCAGAGGUAUAAUAAGCAGGUGUUCAAACGAGCUAAAUAAUCCUGAGUUGGCGGUUGAACUGGAAAAUGUUAUAAAGGAAAUAGAGAAUGUACAAUUGGCUGAUUUUGAAAAAGCGAGAGAGAAGUUAAAAGAAUGGAUGGUUGAUGAAACAAAAUAUCGUGUUUGGAUAAAAUUCACACAGGAAGGAUUUGAUGGACUGAAGACAGCUUUGCAAGACGUUCAAGAGAGAUUAGAAGAAAAUGGAAAGCUGGGACAUAUUGAUAUCUCAUUUUCGAGUGCAAUAUUGUUCAUUGAACUGGGAAAAGAAUUAGAGGAAGCAUUUUCAGGCGCAUACCAAGGAAGUGUACCAGGGAAACUCCAUACACACAUCCAAUCAUGUGUUGAUGCAAUUAAGGAAGACAUUCGUCAGAUGGGCCCGGAAGUGGAGAGUGUCAGUAUUGGUUCAAUUAUCUUCAAGUUUACAUGCUUUUCCGUAACGUCCUUGAUAUAUCUGGUAGACUACUUUAGCGGUCCAAUCCUACAAAGACGUCUACACGGCAUAGCAAAGGCACUCCAAGAUAUGGUUGAUGAUUUAGUUACAAUACAAAUAUGUGUGCCACCGGAGAACUCUCAGGAAAUAAUACAGAAAUUAGAAAAAGUAUGCGUGUCUGAGGACGAUGUUAUACCACAAGCCAAAAGAAAAAAGGUAUUCAACGACCCACUGUAUGGUCAAAUAGAAUUACAUCCCCUGUGCGUUAAGAUUAUUGACACACCACAGUUCCAAAGAUUGAGGCACAUUAAACAGCUAGAGACCUGUUACUUAGUCUACCCUGGCGCCAGUCAUAACAGAUUUGAGCAUUCGAUUGGGGUUUGUCACUUGGCUGGUAAAUUUUUGAGAGUACUGAAAGAACUCCAGCCAGAGUUAGAUAUUACAACGAAAGAUAUUCUAUGUGUGGAAAUAGCCGCGCUCUGUCAUGACCUUGGUCAGGGACCAUUUUCCCAUGUGUUUGAACACAAAUUCAUACCGACUGUUUUUCCAGACAGUAAAUGGAAGCAUGAGAUGGCUACUGUGAAGAUGUUUGAAUACAUGUUGCGAGAUAAUGAGGGUAAACUUCGUGAGUACUUCCGACAGAUGAUACCUGGCUUUGAAGAAAGUGAUAUAGAAUUCAUUAAAGAACUAAUUGGUGUUCCCGCAGACUUAGAUGCACAGGUUUGGCCAUAUAGAGGGAGAAACAAGAACAAGAGUUUUUUAUACGAGGUAGUAGCUAACGGUGUUAAUGGAAUCGACGUUGACAGAUGGGACUACCUUGCCCGGGACAGUUUAAUGAUGGGGAUGAAAACUACUUUCCGUUACAGUAGAUUAAUACAGCACGCUAAAGUACUCGUGGCAGAAGGACGAAAACAAAUAUGCUACAGAGAAAAGGCGGCAGAAACCUUGUAUGACAUGUUUUACUCCAGGAUGACCCUAUACAAAACAGCUUAUCAACACAAGACACACAAUAUCAUUGGACUGAUGAUACGUGAUGCCUUGCUUGCUGCUAACAGAAAGAUUACUUUUGCCUCGGAAAAAGGAGAAGAGCUCCCGAUAUCUGACACCAUUCACGACAUGAAGGCGUAUACUCAUCUGACCGACGAUAUUCUGCAACAGAUACAGCGAUCCACUAGUGAUGAUUUGAAGACAUCUAGGGAAAUAUUAGACAGGAUUAUUCACAGGGAAUUCUACAAAUGCAUCAUUCAAACUCAAAUUGAUGUUGAACAGAAAGGAUGGAUACAGAAGAAAGACGUCCAAAAAACGUUGUUUGACAAAAUCAAUCAGAAACGGAAACAGAUCGAUCCAACAGAUUCCUCAAAAAUCCUAGAAAUCGAUGUGGUGAACCUGGACUACGGGUUUAAGGACAACGACCCAGUAACAAAGGUCUGGUUUUUCAAGAAAGGACAAGAAGAUACACCCAUCAGAAUUGACAAAGAACAAGUUUCGUUUGUACUGCCGGAUACCUUUGCUGAACAGUAUGUUCGGGUGUACAGUAGUGUGACAGAUUCUCAUCUGUUCGAUAUCAUCGAACAGUCGUUCUCAGAAUGGUGCGACGAGAAUGAUAUUCCGCAACCAAAGGGGUUAUCAAUUCCUAAAGACGACUCACCUAAAUAAAGGGCGGAGGAGAGAUUGUUGUGAAGUUUGCAUCAAUUGUUUUAAGCUUUUAAUGUAUUUCUUUCUGAUGUGGUAACUGUUCUUAAUGACAUGAACAUAGACUGUACAUAUAUAAACAUUAGUGUUUGUAUUGAUUUGUUUGCUCUUAAAUUGAAUGGCUGCUCUAUUUAUUUGCUAAAACAGUCAUGGUUUGAUAUUGAAAUAUCAUGACACACAUUGUUGCAUUACUACUCCAUGAAUGAUUAUUAAUUCACUAUUUAUUUGCAUUGUUUACUAUUUUGUGCAUUUCAUGUCGCAGCUAGACACCA